AUGGAGAUCGAGCUCGCUUAUGGUGAAUCUCGCGGAUACUGGAAACAUUAUUCACCCGGGAAGUGGUUCAAACAAGCGAAAGCCGUUGGCAAGAUCAACAACGUAAAAGCUACUCUGUUAUUUGAUUCUGGUGCUGAAGUGUCGAUCAUUGACACCACCUUUGCUCGUGAGGUCGGUUGCAAUAUUGACGAAAGUCAACGACAAGAAUGUAUCGGGAUUGGAGAAACUCCGUACAUGACGGUAGGACGUACCAAGAUCAAGGUGACCCUCGCGGGAUCGCUGGUAUACUAUUUCAAUGUAUGGGUAGGCGAUCUGGCAGGGCAAGAAGCGAUUCUGGGUAUGGAUUUUAUGGUGCCUGCUGGAGUGCGGCUCGAUCUAGCGGAUGGCGCGCUAUGUCUACCAGAAGAAAUCCGCAUUCAUCUCGCAGGACGUCGCCCCGCGUACGGAUCGAAGAUACAACAUAUAACGGCGAAGGACCAACACGUGGUGAUCCCGGUCGGAGAGUCAAGGGAAGUGAAGAUCGGGAUCGGAGGGGCUAAGAUGAAGUUGUGGGUCGCUAGAGGACUAGAUUGGGUCCCCACUGUGAUCUCGGGGUGGGGUAAGACGAAAUACCUGCAGAUGACCAACAUUGGCGACCGGGAGAUCAUACUGCCCACCCACACUAUAUUAGGCAUGUGGGUCGAAGGCGAUAUGGUACCGCGGACCCAAGGUUUGGUGACAGUCGGGUCGGGGAAGUACAAGGAAUGGCAAACUCUGGCAUAUGAGGCUACAACGGAUCGAGUGAACGAACUCCCGAAAGAACCGAUCGGACCAUUGGUAGAUCGUCCUACGUAUGCCGCUCCCAAACGCAUCUUGAAACGUCCGUCUGAUGCGUUACAGAACCUGUCUCCGGCGAUCUCCACGGUAACGUCGCAAGCUAACGAUGACGAUUCGCAAAAGGCAGAUGCUGUAGUUGCGAGGGAAGUAACGGUCAGGGGAGCCGAACUAUCGCGGAUGGAGAACGGUCAUGAGAUCGGUACCCAACAUGCAACGAAGGGAGACCGCGACACCGGUCAAGAAGGGCUACGUGACAGAUCGUCUCUACCGAAGGCUGAGCCGACUGACCGACUGUUGAAAUUGGGCCAGCCGGAAGAGACGAAGGAGCCUAAAGAAGAAAUAAUGCUAAAUACUGAAGACGUCGAGAUUGCAGAAAUACCAGUUUAUCACCACGAGAGCGGAGAUUUGUUUGCGGAAGAUAUCGAGCAGCAUAUGGCCGUGCUACCAGAGAUGUCGGCGACUACGGAAGAAGUUACGAUUGAGGACAUUCAGAUCGGUGAUCCCGAUGUGCCUCUCACCACAGAUCAACAACGGCUCAGAUCGCUGAUCUGGAAGAGCCGUCACCUCCUCAUGGGUAAAGGUAAUGCUCUACCACCCGCAGCACGAGGCGCGAUCUGUGAUAUUGAUGUCGGUGGGGCAGCACCGAUAGCGCAAAGAGUGCGUCCGGUCGCACCCAAAUAUCGGGAGAAGCUGUCAGAUCUCAUCAAAGGACUAUUAGCAGCCAAAAUCGUUCAGCCAUCCACGUCACCUUGGGCGUCUCCGAUAGUGGUGAUCAUCAAGAAGAACGGAGUGGAUAUUCGCCUUUGCAUUGAUUAUCGAAGAGUUAACCAGCUGACGCGUCUGAUGGUUUAUCCCAUGCCGUUGAUCAGCGAUCUGUUGGAAGAUCUGGAUAAAGCUCUAUGGUACUGUUCGCUAGACAUGGCUAGUGGAUUUUGGGUCGUCGAAAUGACCGAACGAGCAAAACUGAUCUCAGCGUUUGUCACACCGUUUGGCUUGUUCGAGUGGCUGCGAAUGCCUUUUGGGCUUAAGAACGCGCCCCAGAUCUACCAACGUCUGGUGGACAAUGCGUUGUAUGGAUAUCUCAAGAUCGGCCAGAGAUCAGCUUCUGAUGGCCCGAUCGACGUGUUCAAAGAUGGAGAACCUGAGACAGAUCGACGACCGUCUAUACUGGGACGCCGAUCUUACAUUGACGAUAUUCUCAUACCAGCCGCGUCAUGGGGAUCUUUGUACACAAAAGUCGAUUAUUUGGGACAUCGAGUGUCGAUGGAUGGUCUGGAGGCUCAGCCCAAGAACCUAGAGUCGUUGGUUAACAUCCCGUUUCCUAGCACGCUACGAGCUAUGCAAUCCUUUCUCGGGAGCUUGAACUACUACCGUCGCUUCAUUGAGGAUUUCGCGGUGUAUGCCGCGGUGUUGUAUGAGUUAAGAGAAUCGGAUUUCUUCGAGAUCGGCCGAUCUCAGCUUGCAGCAGGAGACGAAUGCUCCAACGAGGGUCGAUGGACGGAAGCCAAGGUUGCUUUCACUAUGCUAAAAGCUAAGAUAGCUACAGCUCCCAUGCUCAAGCAUUUCGACCCAGAUCGGUCCCCCGUAAUCGUGGUCUACGCUAGCAAGUGGGCUGUCUCAGCGGCCCUGAUACAGGAGUACGAUGGCGUGUACCAUCCGGUGACGUUUACUAGCCGCACUUUAAAGCCUAAUGAGCUUAACUACGGAAUGGUAGAAAAAGAAGUGCUGGCGCUACUUCGUGUGUUGGAUGUAUGCUAUACUACGCUUGCCUCGCGGGAGAUCACUGUACUGACCCGACAUUCUACGUUAGCCUGGUUGAUGCAGUCUCGAGGGCUCAACGGGAGAUUAGGACGGUGGGCUGCUUUGUUGUCAAAUUGGACUAUGGAGGUGAAGAAAUGUGAAAGAGGAGAGGAAGAAAUCCUGGGCAUGUUAGCAGCGAGUAUCACUCCGAGAGGAGAGGUGGAAGAGAUGCUGAUUGCGAUCUCCCCACGAAAAGACUGUCGACUCAAAAUAUCGAUGCCUCCUCCAACGGAUAAAAAAAAGAAAGGAGGGUCGUUCAGUGCCGUGAUAUGGAAGUUACCCGAAUGGACGAUCGUGGCGGCCGAAUCGAGAUAUGUUCACGAUCUGACUGUGAACGAAGCUGAGUAUAAUGGCUUGCUACUGUGCUUUGAGUUACUCGCCGGUCUGGAUAGGGGGCGAGUAAUACUGUGUGGAGAUUCCAGUCUGGUGAUUCGACAGAUGCGCGGUGAGAUCGACUGCAAGGCACCGGGCCUUCAGCUUCUGAGACACAAAGCGUUGGAGAAGCUGCAGUCAUGGCCUAGUCACGAGUUUCUGCAUAUGAAGCGAGAGUGGAAUCAGAGCGCAGAUCGACUAGCCAGCACAGCAUUGCAGAGCGAAAAGGGAAGAACGGUUGUAGCUGAAGAGGAUCGGCAAGAUCUGAUGACUCUGAACCGUCUCGAUGAAUUGUUGAAGCCCAAGCAAGAUGGUCAGCUAGCUCGGGUAACUGCGAUCGCGAGAUCAGCCAGGAGGAUACGUCAUGAACCUGAAGUGAUACAGGAGGAGAUAGUACAGAGGAUCAGGAUUCAACGAAUUGUCCAAGCUCAAGAUGAAGAGCGUUGGAUUGUCAAUCUCAAGACAUAUCUAAGUGGCGAUGUAUCAAACUUGGAUGCGGUAGAAGUGAAGACGUGCGCCAAACUGGCGCCGGAUUACGAGAUCGAUGAGAACAAUCUGCUAUUUUUUUGCCCCAUGGCGAAAAGAGAGUCGGAAGAUCGCGAUGGUUUGAUGCGGUUGGUGAUCCCUGAGACGUUGCAGCAGGAUUUUUUGCAUCACUAUCACACGAGUCUGGAAGGAGGCCAUCAGGGUAUUGGCCGAACCUAUCAGAGGAUCAGAUCGCGAUUUCAUUGGAGAGGACUGUAUCGGAGCGUUCAACGAUAUGUGGGCGAAUGUACCGACUGUGAGACCGGGAAAGGAAACCCGAUGAUUCAUGGGAAAUCCCCGGGCAAUCUACACGCAACCUAUCCAUUCCAGAUCAUCGCCAUGGAUCAUAUACCGUCGUUGCCCAAGUCCAUCAAGGGAACACCGAACUGCUCAUUUGGGUCGACCUUUUCUCGGGAUAUGUGA